AACGAGCUCCCAGUCACACGCUCGCCAGACACACUACCCUUAGUCCAAAACCAAAACCAAAACCAAAACCAAAACCAUAGCAUGAAGCAGUACCAGGCUUACUAGUUGCAUCACACACCUCUCUUCUCUUCAAUGGCCUCGAAUCUGCCUCUGAUCCUGGCCUUACUGUCAGUGGUAGCCAUUUGGAGUUUGUUUCCGUCUAGGGUUCGAGCCAUUGGGGUUAACUGGGGCACCACCGCCUCCCAACCACUGCCACCGCCCAAGGUGGUUGACCUCUUGAAAUUCAACAACAUCUCCAAGGUCAAGCUCUUCGAUACCGAUCCUCUCGUCCUCGAAUCUCUCUCCGGUUCUAAUAUCUAUGUAACUGUUGGCAUUCCCAAUUCCAUGCUUAGAAGCUUGAAUUCCUCCAAGAAGGCUGCUGAUAGUUGGGUCCACGAUAAUCUCACCCGUUACUUCUCCAAUGGAGGCAGUGGAGUUCGAAUAGAGUAUAUUGCUGUUGGUGACGAGCCAUUCCUCCAAAGUUAUGGUGCACAAUUCUACCCCUUUGUUGUUGGUGCUGCCAUGAACAUUCAAACAGCUCUUACUGGUGCUAACUUAGCAAACAAGGUCAGAGUUGUGGUUCCGUGCAGUUCUGAUACUUUCGAAUCUGAAUCUGGCCUGCCUUCUAAAGGACACUUUAGGCCCGACAUCAACAAAACCAUGAUCGAACUUCUCUCAUUUCUUGACAAGCAUCGCUCUCCUUUCUUUGCUAGCAUUUUGCCUUUCUUAAAUUACCGUCAAAACAAAAACAUUUCCCUCAAUUUUGCUCUCUUCAAAGAAACUGCACAUCCUCGUAAUGACAGCCACAAAACCUACCGAAACAGCUUUGACUUAAGCUAUGAUACCCUUGUAACCGCAUUAUCAACCGUCGGAUUUCCCCAGAUGGAGAUCAUCAUUGGGCAGAUUGGCUGGCCUACAGACGGAGCUGCCAAUGCCACCUCAUCAAUUGCUGAGAUAUUCAUGAAAGGCCUAACUGAUCACCUUCAUAGCAAAUCAGGUACUCCUCUGAGACCUCGAAACCCACCAAUAGAGACUUAUGUAUUUAGCCUUUUAGACGAGGAUCGAAGAAGCAUAGUGACCGGAAAUUUUGAGAGACACUGGGGUGUCUUUACUUUCGAUGGCCAAGCCAAGUACCGUAUCGAUUUUGGGAAGGGUUUUAAAGACCUUGUGAAUGCACAGAAUGUGGAAUACCUUGCUUCAAAAUGGUGCGUUGUGAACAAUAACCAGGACUUGUCAAAUGCCACGGCAAGUGCUCUCGAGGCAUGUUCUGUUGCUGACUGUAGUGCCAUGUCUCCCGGUGGUUCUUGUUUUAACAUUAGUUGGCCCGGGAACAUAUCAUACGCAUUUAACAGCUACUACCAAGAACAUAGUCAGACAGCGGAUAGCUGUGAUUUUGGGGGGUUGGGUUUGAUAACCACUGUCGAUCCUUCGUUCGCAAAUUGCAGAUUUUCAGUUGGAUUACAAACUUCUCUUUCGGCAUCUCUUCUCGGGUCUGUUCUCCUGCAUUGGAUAGUUUUGCUGACAGCAACUGUAUUUUUAUGUUCACUGAGUCCGAUUUAGUACAAGAAAUCUCAAAUUAGAGCAGUGAUUCUUGAGGAGCAUUUUUGUCGCAUUUUAAAUCAGUUGUCUAUGUUAUUGUGGAUUUUUGAUGUUGUGAGGGAGAUUUUGAUUUUAUUCAAUUUAAUUUUGAAGGUUUUUUUUUUUUUUUUU